AUGAACACAAACUGCUUUAAAAGUUGGCAUCACGAGCGGAUUAAAAAGGAGCACAUCAGAGCUUUCUCCCAGCGGCGGAAGUUCUUGCUGGACUCUCACGAGGAAAAAGGAGUUAAUAUUGAACAGGAAAAUUAUUCGGAUGGCUUCAGAAAACGCUUGUAUUUUCAAGAUCGAGGAUUCAAGUCACAGAGGAAAAUUCGGAGCCUAUACCCAGCUGCUGGCUGGAUUCUCGUUCCCCUGGGAGCUCUCAGUGUAUUCUCUGGAGUGAUCGCUUUCUUCCCAGUCUUUUCUUACAAGCUUUGGUUCACGGGAUGGAGUGUCUGGAUUGCCUAUCUCAUCCGGAAUGCAGCUUUGGCUGUCACUACCGGUAAACUCCUACUGUUGGCUCACAAACAGCGGACCCAGAGAUACCCGUGGGAGGCUAGUUUCACCUUUGUGAUUCUGAGCAUUAUGGGAUGUCCACUUCAUUUUGCAGUAGCCUUGGAAUCUGCUCUCCUUGGUCCCUAUUGCUUCUACUCAUUUUCAGGGAUUGCAGGGACCAAUUACCUUGGCUAUGCAGUUGCCUUUCCUUUUCCGUAUGCAAAAUUCCCAUCAGUUUGUGUGGACCCACCACACUAUGAAGACUACCACCUGAUGCUCCAAGCUUUCAACCUGUGCCUGAGCUUUGUCAUGCUCUGUGUGUCCCUGACAGCUCUCUUCAACCUUUCUGCAAGACUUAUCAAGAAUGGACACAUAAAUGUAAGCUUCCAGAAAGGAGGAGUCAGUUCUUGUUCUAUCCUGAAUGCUAAAAGUCUGGUGUAUUAGUAUUUCAUCUAUCUCUCUUAUUUACCACUUAUGUACCCUGUAUAACCAUGCUAGCCAGUGUCUGGCACAUCAUAGAUGCUAGUUAGUGUCUGGCACAUCAUAGGUGCUCAAUAAUUGUUUUUGAAUGAAUAGAUGAAUGGAAAUAUGUUGAUGUGAUAACUGAAGGUAUAACUGUAGGUAGCAGCAGCCAAUUUUUAUCUCAACCCACAAUUUAAAAAACUACUAAUAGAGACAAAUGCUAUGAGAUCUUUGUGGAAACUGAAAGCAGCAUCUUUAAUUUUUUUGUAUGUGUGUGAGGAAGAUUGGCCCUGAGCUAACAUCAGUUGCCAAUCUUCCUCUU